AGGAGCAGAAACAAACCUUAUUCGUAAACACAGACAUAGAAAAAUAGUGAAAUCUCCUUCCUAGCAGCAAUUUCUUGCAGCUAAGUAGCUUCAGGUCACUUUUUAAGUUGACUUUCCCAUUGUAAGGUCAAUGGCUUUCUGGCAUGAUGGUUAGCAGUGUUCAACCAAAUUAAGAUAUUUGUCUUGUUAAGGCCAAAUGCCUGAGACUUACUUUCGCUGGGCAUUUUUACAGCGUAGGGCUCAAAAAUAGCACCAUGAUGGCUGUGGUUUGAACCACAUAUCAAAACAACACAAUGCUGACACAGCUUUGUCGCUUGACCCACAAUGGCAACAAUGACUUAAGCAAGCCUGUCGUUGGUAGCUGUGGACACACUAUAUUUCAAUCGACACUCUUAAAAAAUAUCUGGGGUUGUUUCUCGAUAAAAAAUGUCCAUGGCAUAGUCCCUAAGUGGAGUUUGUAACCUUUAAUGUUGAAAAGCCUCCCCCAACCCCAGUUUUCAAGAAGUUUAAGAGCUGUCGAAUUUGUUUUUCCGAAUUCAGGGGUUUUCAAGGAGGUGUACAAACACUGCGAAUUGAAAAUGCCAGCUCGUGCAGAUACGUACCGAGAUGUCGACACAGCAAUGUCGCCAGGACAAAGGCAUUAUUGUUUGUCAAGGGAAGAAUGCCAGGAGAGGUGUAUGCAGGGAGGUAAAACACGUGUUUUACACCUUUAAGGUUUCCAUACCCUAUGAGACAUAGUGACACAUCUAUUCUUGGCCAACAAUGGACACAUGCCCAAUGGCCCAAGAAUGGGACAGGCCAAAUACAAAAAAUUUCAGCAAUCUAAGGCGGCAUGAUGUUUGCAGAUACCUAUGAGCCCACAUUAUUGGAACAAUUUUUAUGUCACGAUUUAUUGUUUGAUUGUGCAUGGACAGAAGUGUACGUGCUAACACGUACAACUUUGUUGGUUAAAAUUUCGUACUAUAUAAGCCAGAGUAUCUGAUGGCACAUUAGUUGCCUGUGAAAGAUGUUGCCGAAAUAUAUAAAAAAAAAAUUAAAGAAGCAUAUGUGCUAGUUCUUUGUGAAGCCUGUAUUCUUCAGAGAUACCCAUGAACCGACUCACAGGUUUGAUGUUGUGACAUAAUGCUAGAUUACGCAGAGCAGGGGUGCGCCACUAUCCUAUGCCUUGUCGAGUCAAUACCCAGUGGUAACAGAUCAUUUUGAUUGAGCUAGCUUACAUCCGCCCGUUAUAUACCGCUUAUGUAUAUAUCCGGCCAGAUAACGACGGCUGCGAAACCGCGCUGAACAAGGAAGUUUCGCUUUUGAAGAAUACAACCAUGCAUAGUUCGAAUAUUGCCAAUCAAGUGCUGCCAGCAGGGGCACACAUCAGCACCACCACAAUUUAAUUCGCGAGCUGAAACAUGGAUCUUAAUACCAGCAGCGAAAUCAUCAUUGCCACGCACUGCGAAUUUUGCGACGUCUGCAACUUUCAGCUUACGGCGACAAAAAUACUUAGUUUCGCGUCUGAGUGGCGUAGCAUGGUUGCAAACAACUCCGCCUAUUUAGAAGCGUGCACUUUGGGCGAGUUGAUAUGUCAUGACUUUUUGUGAGUUGAGACGAUUCUAACACCGAUGGGUCAUGUAAGUGCAGCGGGGCCGAGGUCGACGCCCGCCAGAAACGAAACGGGAGAGCUGAUCAUGGAUGUUGGGAGCGUGCAGUCGGUGCUAGCUCAAAAUCCAUGUCGGGAAAAGCAAGUUGAGGCGAUUCUAACAGCGAUGGCUCAUCCCCUCGGCGGACCCUGUCAAUGCAUCUUUGUCUACGGCCAUGCGUCCACCGGCAAGACGCGCACCGUGCACAGUAUCAUGAAAACAUUGAACUUGCGGCAUGCCUUUGUAAGUGGCCUGGAGACUUACACUCCCCGGUUGCUGUUUGGUGCUGUACUGAGUCAGCUGUUUGGGAGUACUGAUGCCUGUGACAACUUGUGCGACUUUGUGAGACACCUUGCAGAAGAGCUGCCAGAAACACUCCCUGCUUACAUUGUUGUGGACCAGGCUGAAAGACUACGUGGCCAAGGUCUGCUGGGGGCACUGGCACGUCUGCGAGAGCUGUCAGGGCGGCCUUUGUGUUGUAUACUGCUCUCACGUGUUCCUUGGGAAAAGUUCCGGGAAGCAGGCAUCGGUUCGCCCUACCGCGUCCACUUCCCGCAGUACACUGCUUCGGAGCUCAGCCAGCUGUUGGGCGGUGAUACAUUGCUUCCCACUGUACUUGGGGGAACCACCCUUAGCCUGCGGGAGCUGCAACACGCUGCAGCUGGCAUUGGCACCACCCCCGAAGGUGACAGCUGUGCCUCCUGGCGGAAAGAGGUGGCAUCACGCCUCCGCCAGCGUCUCCAAUCUGUCUACCUUCGAGAGAAAAGUGGAAGCCAGCAGCCUGUUCGAAUCGAGUUGCCAUUCCAUGCACGGUUCUUACUGCUGGCAGCUUACCUGGCUUCGUACAACCCUCCGGGCACAGACCGCAAGUUCUUUGUCAAGGCACGAGGUACAGGAACCAAACGGCAGAAAAAGUCCAACCACCUGAGCCAGCAUCUGCUGGGUCCCAAGCAGUUUCCCCUCAACCGGCUAGUGGCCAUUUUCCACGCCAUUGUGGAUGAACACGUGGCCCCCUCUGCUGUAACACUUGCCCAGGUGGAAAGCCUGGUGUCACUUCGUCUGCUGCAACGAGUGAGUCGGGAAGAACAGCUGAGCACGCCUCGUUACAAGUGCCUCGUCGACCUGGACUUCAUUCGUGCUGUGGCAAGGACAGUUGCAUUCGACAUUUUGGGGCACCUGAACGACUUUGCCAGCUGAAUAUUCACCAGUCAACACAGCUGCUCAAGUUUGAGAAGAGGCCAACAUGCCACAAGCUGCUCAGUGCUUCGGUAGUGUUUUCACUUGCAAAGCAACAUUCCUGCUCACCUACACUUGUACAGCACAUAGUACCAUCAACUUCUUUCAAGAUUUUUCAUCCGGUGUUUAUUGUGAACUCUUCUUUCUUUUUCAAAAAUAAGCUUUUCUUUCGUCCUUUCUUCUCUGGAAGCUGUGUGUGUUGAAUUAUAUUUUGAAACUUGGGUA